ACACUUGUUUUGAUAAAUGUUUGGAGCUUCACUAUGGCAUAUAACCUUAGCAUUUUCACUGAUCUUGGACUGUAGCUCUUCAAGAACACAUUGCCAAAAAUUUGAACGAUAGUUUCUUAAAAAAAAAUAAUAAUAAUAAUUUGACUAAUGACAACAAACCAAGAAAAAAACAGAUGCCACAAUAAUCAUAUGAGGCGACACCACUUAUAAAGAAAUUGAUGUAGUCCAUCAACAGCACAGCAUAGGCUACGUAAGAGCGCUACUUCAGAGUGCACAGUUUCAGAGCGCCUACCCACAGACCAGGUCAAAUGCUGAGGCGCGCACACUGGAAGUGGAAGUUCGCAGGUUGGAGCGCGCAUUUCGUUCUUCACUCUGUGCUUUGAAAUAGCUACUUCUAGACUUCAGCGUGCUAUGCCUUCCGAUAUUUUGGUAGGAAAGGAUGGAGAACAAGGCGACUGAUGUCUGUAUGGGCUGAAGACAAGAGCGCGCUAUGGAGAUGACCGCUCGUCUUGCGCACUUGGACACCAAGGUGGAUGGCAGAAACUGUGAUGGACUUGUCAACCACUACGGGGAAACGACGGAGAUAAUAGUUCCGCUGUCUCACACGGGGAAAAGACUCAGUCCGAUCGAGGGGGGAAAUCUUUAUAGACUGCGUGACAGAAAGUUCCUUUUGGAGGACAAGAAGCGCCUCUGUGCGUGGGCACUGGGAACCGCGCUGUUAGGCAUUCUGCUGAUGGUGUUACAUGCUGAGCUGUGCCCAGUAGUGUAUCGUCCAGGAUCCAUAUAUGCCCUCUCCAUAAAUGGUCUCAUCAGUUUCUCCACGGGGUGUUUGCUCAUUCUCAUCAUCGCCUUCCAUUAUAAAGACAUCAGACUUUUCAUCAUUGACCACAACCAGGUGGACUGGCGCAUUGCCAUGACCAGUAACCGGGUGCUUAGCAUCUCCCUGGAGCUCGUUGUCUGCGCUAUCCAUCCCGUGGCUAUCUACCUGAGGCCCAGUAUGGAGGACACACUCGGGGGGAAGCCGGUGCAAAAUUCCUCCACCCCCCUCUGCUUGUCCUCCAGUCACAAAGAAAUCAUGCUGGAUGUGGAGCUGCUGCUGUCGGCCCUCAUGUUCCUCAGACUGUAUCUCGUGCACAGAGCCGUCCUGCUCCACAGCAAGGUGCUCCUCAGCGCCUCGUACAGGAGCAUCGGCUCCCUCAACAACAUCAACUUCACCUUCCGCUUUGUGCUCAAGGUGCUAAUGAACAAGAAUCCGGCCCGCACGCUGCUGGUCUUCAUUAUGUUCUUCUGGCUCUCCGCGGCUUGGAUGCUGCGACUGUGUGAAAGGCAGCAGCAGGUAGAGACAGGUGGCAUGGACACCGCACUGUGGCUCAUAGCCAUCACCUUCCUCACAGUGGGAUAUGGAGAUGUGGCCCCUCACACCAGAUGUGGCAAGGUGGUGUGUCUCCUUACAGGCGUCAUGGGUGUGGCAUGUACUGCUAUGUUGGUAGCCGUCAUGACUAAGAAACUGGCGCUUAACAAAGGGGAGAAACAUGUGCAUUUCUUCAUGAUGGACAUUCAGAUCUCCAAGCGGAUCCGACACGCAGCAGCUAACGUGCUAAGAGAAUGUUGGCUGCUGCAUCGCACCACCCAGACAAAAGACAACAGCGGAGACCAUCGUCACCACCAGAGAUGCCUACUGGAGGCCAUCCGUGUAUUUCGUCACCUGCGACUGAAGCAUAGGAAGUUAAGGGACAAUGCCAGUGAGAUGGUGGAUCUCUCAAAGAUGCAGAUGAUCAUGUGUGAUCUGGGUGCUAACUGGAACAGCUCUUACCAUGAGCUUGAGCAGCGAAUCAUCUCUAUGGAGCAGAAGCUGGACGAGCUGGGACGCUCCUUCCAAAUCACCUCUGAGCUGCUCACACAGGCGCUGCAUUGCCGCAGACCGGACCACAGGUGACCUGUGACAUCUCUCUCGAAGGCUAAUAUAGUCUUCGUCUUCUGAGUCUUCUUCAAUCAAGCCUCUUGAACUGAUGGAGGAACUUUAUGAUGAACUUAACGAAAGGAUUAAGAGCAGCGACAUCAUAGCAGACAUUGUUUUAUUUUGAACAGACGUUCUGUCGCGUGUAUUUAUGAACACUUCCUCAGUGCUCCAAACAUGAACUUUUCAAAAGGUUAUUUUGGUUAUUUUAAACUUUUGAGUUUCAGUUUAUGAUUGAUACCGAAACUAUGAGAUGGGGAUUCUGGUGUUACACAAAGGAACACAUUUAGAUUACUUGUUAGUCAAUCGCACAGGCCUCAAUGUGAUUUAUAUCAGUGUGUGAAAGUCACAGAAGGAAUGUGAAACUGAAAAAAAAAUGUGAACAAAUGGUCAGUCUUUCUAUAGUUCCUGUUCCUAGAUGAGACUGGGGAAGUUCAUCUUAAUCAAACUGAAGAAAACACCUUAACUUGAGAAGUUCAUCUCAGAAUUGGGAAAUAGGAAUCAUGCAGAGCAACUUGAUAAUAACUUUAUGACUCUAAUUUGAUACGCUAUUGUUCAGUCAUGUGCAUACAACCUGGUAAUGACACAUUGAUGAACGUCUCUGUAACUUGCUGGCAACUUUCUCAAAGGUAAGUCAGAUAAAUUGUCAUUAUUAAAUUGUCAAGGCAGUCUAUUGCCCUUGUUCACUGAUAUUUUUAAAACCCUAAGUGAGGCAGAACCUGCACCCACAGCCCCCCCCCCAAAAAAUCUGGGAAUGACUUGAAUUUCCAUCAGCCCUUUAACCUGACAUGGCAUCUGUUGAAUGAUGGCAUGUGGUGGUUUUGCCUAGUACGGUAUUCAGAAAACUGGUGUGACAGAUAAAUCUUUAUUGCUCAAGACUGUAGUUGAGUUUAUUAAGACAAAGACUCAGUCCUCUCUGGUAUCUCCUCCUGGUGGACAAAAGUAUGUGUUGCUUGUUUGGCCACCACUCCUGUGCUUGUUUUGUAUCUUUUGCAAUGAAUAUUUUUAAAAUAGACUUAAUACCUAGAUGUGUAUACACUAUAAUGAUUAUACGAAGGCAGUGGGAAUAAGAAAACAGCUUUUUUUUUAUAAACAAACAGGAACUUUG